UCAAGUGGUGCUGAUGCUGUGACAAUGGGAGUCAUCCAGAUAAGCAUCAUCUGGACCGAGGGUGCUUGAAACAGCCGGUAGAAUCCCACGCUUCACCCACUGUAACGGGACGGGAAGGCAGCUGGGUAGAAACACGGGGAGGAACCUCCAGCUGCUGCCCAGAAAGGUCUAGUCAUGGGAGCAUUCAGCCGACAGAAGUUUUUCCAAGAGCUUUCUCAUGGCUGCCUGCUGCCUACAGCUCAGCAGGGCCUGGAGCAAGUAUGGCAGCUGCUGGUUAUCUGCCUGCUGUGUCGGCUUCUCUGGAUGUUGGGCCUCCCCACUUUUGUGAAACACCUGGGCACAGUCGCAGGAGGUUUCUACACUCUCUACCUGUUCUUUGAGCUUCAUAUGAUCUGGGUGGUCCUCCUCAGCCUUCUCUGCUACCUCUUCCUCUUCCUGUGCCGCCACUCUACCAUGCGAGGCACCUUCCUCUCCAUCACUGUGCUCAUAUACCUGCUGCUGGGCGAGCUGCACAUGAUGGACACCACCAACUGGCACAAGAUGAGAGGUUCGCAGAUGGUGGUUGCCAUGAAAGCCAUCUCUCUGGCCUUCGAUCUGGACAGAGGUGUCGUGGCCAGUGUACCAUCACCCAUUGAGUUCAUGGGCUAUAUUUACUUUGUGGGCACAGUCAUCUUUGGUCCCUGGAUCAGCUUCAACAGCUACAAAGACGCUUUAGAAGGACGUAAGCUGAGCUUUUCGUGGCUUUUAAAAGUGUCUGUUAGCUGGGUGAAGAGCCAGGUCUGCCUUGUUAUUUCCAACUGCGUGGCACCAUACCUUUUCCCUUAUUUCAUACCGGUCUAUGGAGACAAGUUACUACGAGGCAAAAAGAGAAGAAAGAUCAGGUGGUUGCUGGCGUAUGAGAACACAAUGUCUUUCCACUUCAGCAACUAUUUUGUUGGUUAUUUGAGCGAGACUACUACUACUCUGGCUGGAGCAGGCUUUACAGAGGAGAAGGAAAACCUCAAAUGGGAUAUGACUGUAUCCAAGCCACUGAAUAUAGAGUUUCCCCGGUCGAUGGUGGAGGUGGUAACGUCGUGGAAUCUGCCCAUGUCUCGCUUUCUGCACACCUAUGUUUUUAAGAGUGCUCUCAAAUUUGGGACGUUCUCCGCCAUCAUGGUGACGUAUACAGCCAGCGCCCUUCUGCAUGGUUUGAGUUUUCACCUGGGUGCAGUGCUUCUGUCUCUUGGGUUCAUCACGUACAUUGAGCAUGUGUUGCGGAAGAGGCUCGCAGCCAUUUUCAAUGCCUGUGUGCUGUCAAAGAAAUGUCAGCCAAACUGCACUCACAGGAACAAAAAGAAGCUGUGGGUGUAUUUGAUUAACAUAGCAUUCAGCGCUCUGGCAAUACUCCACCUGACGUACCUGGGAUCAGUGUUCAACUCCAGUGUCGACUACAUGGAGGAGGAUGAGGACGAUGUAACCCAUCAUACUAUUCAGAAGUGGUCCGAGCUGAGCUGGACAAGCCACUGGGUCACAUUUGGAUGCUGGAUAUUGUACCGCCUCAUUCUCUAAUAAUGAGAGACGGAGAAAGUGAAGCAAUAAGGAGAGACGUAAGGCUGGUUCUCCACUUCUGCACUGUGACUUUAUUCCGCCUCAGACCGAAGAGAGCAGACUCAACCUGUAUACAACAAUAAACCAACGCGCAGUGUUGAGAUUGCGCCGCAUGUUGGCUGGGUGAUCUAUUAUUCUAACCUGCCGGGGGACUAGUUUUGAUAUCCAUGGAAUGAUAGCCCACUCCUCCCUCCUUUUCUCCGUAUCGCAUCCUUUUUUAUCCGAGCCGCAGUUGUCAACCCUCAUGUUGUGACAGCAGUUACCGACGUGUCUCACUGUGAGUCACAAUCAAUACCUAUCAGCAUGGUGGAGAUCGGCUGCUCCUUUCUGUGGACACAUGAUAGAGCCCACUAUCUAGGUUUUUUCAGGGUCGACUGCGGCAGAUGUCCUCCAGGCGUGGUUUCCCCCAGCCCCCCCUCACCUCAAAGUGUUUUACAAUCGUAUGUUUAGGUUUGAAGGAUUAGGCUGGUGAUAUUGAUUCUAUGGCUUUCUUAUUUUCAACAAAUCCCAUGGAAAGACAAACAAUACGUUUGCCCGUCUCUCAAUACUUUCUGACCUCCCCAGCCUGUCUGUGGCUCUCAGCCCUAAUCCUAUUCUAUACACUUCAUUUAAAAAAAAGAAGACUGAAUUAUUUUCUAAAACCUGCGGGCACUUAGAUUUUAGCAAAUAUUUUUCAAACAAGAGUUAAACAAUACAUUUGUUUGGAUCUUUUUUAAGCAGCGAAAUAAUACACAUGUUGUGCUCUACUCAGUAUAAAUAUAUAUAUAACAUAACAGCAUGACAGUGUAUGUGGGAUUGACACAAAAUAAAAUGCAGUGACCACGUUCAUUGCAAUCAAGGAACAUGUCACCCAGGUCCAGGGCAACAGUGUGGCUCAUUGAUACAUUUUGGACAACAACGGAAGUCAAUGACACAGAAGAAUAAGCUGCAUGAGGCACUGGCUACAGAGGCAACACUUGUUAGUAGAAUAAAUUAAUGAAUGGUUUGGGUCUUUUCAUGGGAUUUGUUGGCAAUAAGAAAAGUGUAGAAUAUCGCCACCAGACGUAUCCUUUCACAGAGCUUGUCUCUCAAGCAUGUGUAAGACAACACAGAGUUUCCUUUUGAAUGAAAAGAGCACAUGUUAUGGUUAUGAGGCAGCAAUUCCAAUGUAUAAUGAAUUCCCCUUUUUGUGAAUUUUAGAUAAAGAAAAUGAAUCCGUAAAUCUAUGAACUAACUUUUGUGGUGACAUUUGCUAAUGGGGUUUGUAUUUUGUUUUGUGUUAUUUUGAUAAUUUCCUUUACAUUUAGUUAUUUGCCUUUGCUUAGAAAAGGUCUUAUUAGUAUUUAUGUAUUACAUUUGAACAACUCUUUCACUCUUCAGUAUUGAAAAUAAAGGUUUAGAAUCAGGGUAUUUCACACGUUACUGUAGGGGAAAAUGUUUAAACUUCUCUUCCAAUAGUAGGUGGAAUUAUGAAGUUCACUAUAUUAAAUAUUUAUCCUUAAGUACAGAUUUGUAUUACACUGCUGCUUUUAAUGGUGCAUUCAUGUAAUUGAUGAUUAACUGAGGAAAGAAUCAAAUGAGCAUCUGUAUCAGAUUGUGUUCACGUUCUGUCUAUAUAUCUUUCUUAAAUCUGGACUGUCAAAAGGAUUCGCUUCUUGACUAAGAUGUAGUGUUUUAGAUUAGAGCCCGAAUGUUUGUUCAUGCCUGAGAACAAGCGCUCAGUCUCUUAGGACCUAAUACCACUCAAUCCGACAGUAUUUUAAAUAUUAUUCUGAUAUUAACUUUAAGCCGACUUUUUCUCCCUGUAAAUGUGA